AUGUUCAAUAACAUUGAUAUGGAGCAAUGCAGUGGAAUAAACGGUUCGUCAAAACUCUCCACACUUGUUGAGAGUGAUAAUAAGAUAGAAGUAUCACUUAAUAAAAAAAAUAUGUGGGCGUAUUCAAAAAGUUUCGACACACUUUUGCCGUUACAAAUCAGUGAGUCUAUUGUUGAGAACAAUUUAGAUGUCGGUGACAGAGUAGUGGAUGUCACUCAACACUCAUUGUCAAAUAUAAAUUGUAAGUCCAACAAAUUAGGAAUCAAUGACAAUGUCGACAACUUGAGGGUUGACAAUUCAGGUAAGAAUCCCUAUGAAACUGACAAUAUCACAGUACUGAAUAGCUGUACUAGAGAUCCUCGUACAAUUGCUAGUACUAAUAAAAAAACAAAUUUUGAUAAGCCCUCCAACGAAGUACUAUGGUGGGAUGUUAGGCGAAAACUAGAUUUAAAAGUCGACUGUGACAUAGAGUCAGAGAUUUCUAAGUGUACAGCGAUAAAACAAACAAAUGAACAUUUAGAGAGUGACUGUGGAGUCUCUGAACUUAAUUGGACGUUAGACGUUUUGAAUAGCAGUUUCUUUAGAUCCGGUAAAAUUAAAACGAUUGAAGAGACAAAUAACUCUUUGGCUGCUAACUAUUCUAAUGUUAUUACUUCUACUCCAAUUAGGUUAAAUGUAAACAUUUCUAGACAACAAACAUUUACACAUUCAUCGCAAGCCGUUGAUUUUAAAUGUAAUAAAAGUUAUGUUGACGGUAAUUAUUCUCCUAUGAAAUUUAUAAUGCUACCGAAUCAGGCGGAGUUGAUAGAUACUGUAACUCCGAUAAAAUUGUCAGAAAUUAUUGUGGUUUGUAGCACUCCUGAGGUGGACGCAAAAGCGCUUCCCAGGAAUUCCAAAAACAUAUUUCCGUCGACAAUAAGUGGUACCCUAGAAAAUAAAAAAGAAAAGCGAUAUAAUUUUUCGUAUCUAAACUCUAUAGAGGAUACUUUUGAGUUAUCCAUUAGCGAAUGGAAUAAACUUGAAAAAUUGUCUAAUGAACAUGGUAGAAUGUCAAAGGCCCUUAGAAAUACGUUGAUUAGAGAUAACAACGGCCUAAAUCACACGACGUAUGGAAAGACGGUUACUCUCGGUCCACCAGCGGCGGCAUAUAAUAAGGUUAAUACUACUGCUAAAAGGUUUUUUAAAAACCAUCAUAUAUCAGCUGAAAUCACCGGCAUUGAUGAAACGCUGAUUAUAAGGUUUGGAGUUAUUCUUCAGUCGAUCAAGUGGUCAAAAAUAAAUUUGAUUAAAUUUAAAAGAUUAUUGUUGGGAUACUGCAAAUCUAAAUUUGUAGGUACUCUCGAUAUUGAAAAUCAAGAUUCGUACUCUAGCACUAGAGAAAAUGAAUUAAGUUCAUCAAUUAAUGAAAAAGUUCCUAUUGAAGUUUCGGAAAAUGAAAUAAGAACAGAUAAUUUGGUAUCUACAUCAUCUGGAUUCAAUGACUCUGAAAUUCCAACACCAAAUCUUUGUAGAAUAUGUUUACAGUCUGAUUUGGAUGAAUCAAAUAAAUGCAUCUCUCCUUGCUUUUGUCGUGGGAGUAUAUCCAAGGUGCAUAAAACGUGUUUGGAAAAAUGGCUCCUUCAAGCCAGCUCUACUGUUUGUGAAAUUUGUACAUAUGUAUAUAAAACCAGACGGGUCACAAAAUAUUCAUUACUAGGAUCAAUUAAAGCAUGGUUUUUCAGUAGUGAAAGCAUAGAAGAAAUUAAAGAAUUAUUUUAUGAUGGAUGUGUGUUGGUUAUUACAUUACCAUUUAUAUCCUUAUUUUCGUACGUCGGAUUUUCUAUAACCGAGCAUAUUUUCAACACAGAUGUACAGAUAAAAUAUGACAUGGUUUAUCGAGUUGUAUCAUUUAGCGCUUGUUGGGCAAUACUGUGCGCAGAUUUUUUCUUUUGUUUCUGGACUUCUUGCCGAAUACAACAUCAUGUCUUAAAUUGGUAUAAUUUCUACAAAAAUAAUCAAUCGAUAAUUUUAGAAUCGGAACUUCCAGAGGACUCUAUGUGA